AUGGCCACGGAACUGGAUGGGCCCUGCGAACAGCGUCAGUUUGCGGGGCUCAUCUAUCCAAGUCCCGCUUCUACGCGGAAAAGUGAGCCGCGCAACGUUUUGUUCGGUAACAGGAUCUGUGUUCACGUUUCGCACAACCCUUAUUCCAAUCGAAUAGAGCUCAAGUUGGAAUUGUCCGAUCGACCUUACACUAAUCGUGAAACGGUCUCAAUUCAGACGGACGCGCCGCAACUCGAGAGAGUG